AUCAAAGCUGAAUCAUCAAUCAACAGCUCAUCAGAUCUACUCAAAGGCCAGUGCCUGGAAGAGAGGUCAGAGGAGGAUGUAUCUAGCCCCGCUUCUACAAGCACGCAGGAUCAUAUAUUGGGAAUGAUGGAUGGAAGAGAUGACGGAGAUAAGGAUGAUGGGAAACAGGAACCGGAAUGCAUCUAUGAGACUAAUUGUCACUGGGAAGGGUGCAAUAAAGAGUUCGAUACUCAAGACCAGCUUGUGCACCACAUUAAUAAUGAGCAUAUUCAUGGAGAGAAGAAGGAGUUUGUCUGCCACUGGCAAGAGUGUUCGAGGGAGCAGAGACCAUUCAAGGCCCAGUACAUGUUGGUGGUUCACAUGCGGCGACACACAGGAGAGAAGCCACAUAAAUGUACAUUUGAAAGUUGCAACAAGGCUUAUUCCAGGCUGGAGAAUUUGAAAACACACCUGAGAUCUCACACUGGAGAGAAACCCUACAUCUGUGAGCAUGAACGCUGCAACAAGGCCUUCUCGAACGCUUCAGACCGAGCAAAACACCAGAACAGGACCCAUUCCAACGAGAAGCCCUAUGUGUGUAAGAUUGCGUGCUGCACCAAGCGAUACACCGAUCCCAGCUCCCUGAGGAAACAUGUUAAGACAGUGCAUGGUCCUGAGGCACACAUAACCAAAAAGCAGCGUGCUGAUGUCAGCGUGAAGUCUUCCUCCACACAGGAUACCAUCAGGCCAUUGCUUGGGCGAGACAGAGAUCUUCACCAUGAGGAAGGAGGCAUUGCUGCCAAUAAACAGAUGGAAGACUUCACGCAGGGCAAGUUAAUGGUGCCUGACGCUGCCAUUCAGCCCAUUGCCAGCCCUGAGGGCCAGUCACCCAGCAGCAGUGAAGGUUCAGUCCAGGGGAGCACCUACAACAACGACAGUGGAGUGGAGAUGAACACCCAGGCCGGAGAUAGCUUUGAGAACCUGACAGCCAUUGAAGACCUUGGCUCUGUGGAUUCCGCAGCUCACUCAGGGAUAGUGGAUGUUGGGAUGUGGAGGAAUGUCACUACACUCCAGCAACUGGACAGCUUGAAAAUGGGAAGGCUGAAGCAGAUCUGUAAGCCCACACCACCGUCCCGAGGCAUUAAACUUCCUGUGAUACAAGGCAAGGGUGCUCUUGGAGAAGUCUCCAUGUCUGGAAUGUCGGUCCCACCUUGUCUGGAAUUAUGCGGCAAUGAUCCAGCAGUGAGAAGCUUGCUGAGUGAUCGGUGCAGUAGCAGCAGCACUGUCAGCUCAGCCUACACUGUUAGUCGACGCUCAUCCAGCCUCUCUCUUUCCCUGUCCAGUCGGCGAUCCAGUGAAGCCAGUUCUGCUGACUCUCACCACCUCAGCUCUCCUGCCUCUUUGCAGCGAUUCGGUGAGGCUUGCCAGUGUGCCAGUGUCGCAGACCUACCUGGCCUCUGCCCUGCACAGCAGCACCGACUCAAAGCCAAGCAGACCGCAGCCACAGGGGCAGCACUGCCAACACCUUUAGCCGAUGUGGAGCAGCUGGGCAGGAGUGCCAGGCCAUCCUUCCUGAGUGAUUGUUGCAGCCUGGCAGUGCCAGCCUGCCCACCUCCUGGCAUCAACGUGAGAAGAGUGAGUGACCCAGUGCACAUGAGAGUCAGUGACCAAUCGGUGCCAAAGGUGCAACAGUUUAACGGCGUCGGUAGCCUCGAUCCUACCAGGAUGGUAAGAAGCAGGAGCCUGCAGCAUUCUGCAGCUUCAGAAACAACCCUCCACAGACACAUCUAUUCCCCUCGGCCACCAAGCAUUACUGAAAAUGUCCUCAUGGAAACUGUGGCCAUGGACACAUCCGGUGUAGCCAGUGUGGGGUUGUCUGAUGACGUUGUGUUAUAUACGGACUGUCAGGAGGUUAACAUGGCUUCUUUAAAUGACCACGUUUGUCAGAGCCAAACACAAGGGUUUCACACUCACAUGGACAUGCAUCAUCAAAAUCUCUACAGCAACAGAAACCUGGGAGCCACCCAAACGUUCCAACAGUGCAGCAACGUAGCACAGCAGCACUACAAUGUCAGUCAGGGUCACGUAAAUCAGUCCCAUGACCAGCUUUAUGCUGAUGAAAACAAUAUUCCCAUUCAGUGGAAUGAAGUCAGCUCAGGAGGCAUGGAUAUUGCCCCCAUUCAGAUUCCCAACCGGCACAGUGGCCAGCAAAGCCCAGCACACCUCAGUCAGUGCCUUAAGCAAGUUAACCAGGGCCCACACUCUUCCCAUCAGCCUGUGGCCUUUAUCCAACAUCACGAGGGCAUGAUUCCGAAUGCCCACAGUGUGCUUGGCAACAGCCAGAGGCUCCAUCCUGUACACCAACAGCAAGUCAAACCUGAGGAUCAGGUCUACCAGUCCGCACCAAUGUUAAAUCCCUACCAAAACAUGAAGCAGACAAUAACAGCCCAACAAGAUUGCAACCAAUCCAAACGCAUGCUGCCCACUCCACAUUCCCACCAGCACUACUCGGCUUCUCAAACCUCGAUACCAGCUGAUUCGCUGUUCCACAAAGACAGUUAUCUCUACGAUCCCAGCGUCCCACAAACAGUACAGGGAUUUGUUCCCUCAGAGCGUCCUGCUUUCCCAGAUGUAUCCCUCGUCAGCAUGUCUCCUGCUCAGAGCCAGGGCAGGGAUAGCCAGCCACUGCUCAAUAGCAUGCAACACCUCCAGAGCCAGCAUGUAGACCAGGGUCUCAAGCUAGACCAAGGGCACGGCCCCUCCAAUCCAGUGUGCUGUGGAGUGGCCACACAAGACGGGUUCAGUUCCAGGUUCCCAAGCCCUUGGAGCAUAAUAAAGAUGAAUAAGAAAUGGAGCACAGCCAUCUCACCGCUCUCCGACACCAGUAUCGACCUCCAGACCAUGAUCAGGACUUCGCCCAAUUCCCUGCUUCCCUUCUUCAAUAGCCCACACUGUGACUCGACAAGCAGCGGCUCCUAUGGGCAUUUAUCCAUCACAGGCAUCAG